AUGACACGCACCAAAGGGCCAGAGCCUGCUUCGGCAGUGCCUUGCAGCACCACGUAUCUCGAGUCUUCACACCCUCUAGCUGCGAGCCUCAAAUCAAUUAAUAACAGCUUUGGCAAUCCUGCUUCAACUACACCCAUAAACGUUGGUGUACAUCCGUUUAUAGCAGCUGCCACGGCACCCAUGGUACCUCUCUUCUACACGAUGCCGGUAGCAAAUGCCAAUACCGUUGUGCAAGAGGAGCAUUCGGGCGAAGUUGACCAGCACAAAGACGUAGUAUCAGACCCUGUACAACUCCACACUUGGGGCCCCAAAACCCACGUACGCACCUCUAGCCCAGCAGGCGACCCCAGAGGCACAAGCAGAGACCACAAGAAGAAGAAGGGUCGCAAAACAAAGAACGGUUACGUAAUCGGCUACAAGCCUCCCAGCGACGACGAGCUUGGGAGUCCAGACUUAGAAGGUUCCGACGACGAAGCCAGGAAAAUGAUAACGGAGGACGAGGGGAAAAGCUUCAGGGUUACGCUAAAGGGGGCUACAGAGAGCAUGACUUCGCAGACGGUAGAGAAAUUCAAAACAGAAGCUGGAAAGGAGGGCACCAGAAAGACGCAUGUGACAUUGGCAAGGAUCACAGUUGUUGAGGAAGAAGUAGAGACGAGUUAA